AUGCUCACCUCACGCGCGACCUCCUUUACUGCCCGCCACCACUCAGCACAUCUCAGAGUUGCUAUCCUGUGCCAUCCCAAGACACGUUCCUUCCACGCAACCUAUUCAGUAAAAUCCAGCCAAAAACAUGAUAGAAUAGUCGUCGGUGCCGGUAUCGCCGGUGUCUGCACAAGCAUCGCAGCCGCAGAAAAAGGCGCCAGAGUCCUUCUCCUUGACGAUGCCCACGGCGGCGGAGCAUCCGCGCUCUCAGGGGGCGUAGUCUACGCAGGCGGGGGAACCCGACAACAAAAAGAAGUCGGCUACGGCCACGAUACCCCGGAAAAUAUGCUAGCCUAUCUCAAGGAAGAAACGGGAGACGCAGUCGACGAGAAGACUCUGCUGCGUUUCUGCGACGAGAGCGUGGCGCGGCUCGAUUGGCUCGAGAAGCAUGGCGGACGGUUCGAGGCCUCCUUGUGUCCUUACAAGACUAGCUAUCCGACGAAUAAGCAUUACCUCUACUUCUCUGGCAAUGAGAAAUCGUAUCCUUUCAACAAGCUGUCGACACCGGCGCCGAGAGGACAUCGGAUGGUGCAGCCGGGGUUCUCUGGCUCUGCGCUGUGGCAGGCGCUCUUUGACUCGGCGAUACGUCUGGGAGGGGAUUUCAAGCCAGCGUCCAAGGUUCGGCAGGUUCUCUUCAACGAAAAGAAGGAUAAAGUCGGCGGAGUCGACAUCAAGACGUUGCCGGAUACCAACUCGCUGUUCCAGAAACACAAGGGUCUCACGCAAAAGACGAAGAAAUUCCAAAUCAUGGCGUCGCAACUCGCCGACGUCUAUCACCGGAAGGCAGACAAAAUCUGGCAAGAACAGUCCACUCUGCAAACCAUACACAGUGGAGCGGUGGCUCUGAGUGCCGGAGGCUUCGCUUUUAACCCUGAGAUGAGGCAGAAACACCUCCCCGAGUUCUCCAAGGUCGCUCCGCUCGGCACCAAUGGUGAUGACGGAUCGGGCAUCAAGAUCGGGCAGGCGGCCGGGGGUUCAGUCUCAAACAUGAACAAUAUGUCUGCGUGGCGGUUCUUGUAUCCUCCAACAGCUCUGCUCGAGGGUGUCGUCGUAUCUCAAGCUGGAGAGCGCAUGGGUGCGGAAGAUGUCUAUGGGGCUGCACUCAGCGACACUAUGAUACGCCAACAUGUGAAAGCAAAGAAACAAGUCUUCCGGCAAACCGACAUGCCUCUUCUUAUUCAGAGGCUACAUUGGCUCUACUGGGGCUACAAAAAAGCUGGCUCUUUGGCAGCGCUCGCCAGCACCUUCGGAAUCUCGGCCGAUGGUCUGGGGUCGACAAUUCAGAUCUACAACGAUGCGAUCGCCAGCGGAAUGGAGAAUCCGAUGCACAAGGAAGCAGAUUACUGCAGUCCGGUGAUAAAGGCUCCAUUCUUUGGUGUUGAUAUAUCUUGUCGCACCGAAGGAAUCCAAGCUGUUAACGGACUGACGCUGGGUGGGCUACGUGUGGAUGGGGAGACCGGGCUAGUCCUGACCGAAGAUGGUAGCAAAAUCGAUGGGCUCCUUCUGGCAGAUAGCGACAAGCAUGAGCCGGUUCUACCAGUCCUGAUGGCAAGAGGACAUGAAGUAGACGGAAUUGAAAUGUGUCGCAGCGCCACACAUGGCGCUGCCGGUUACUGCCCUACGAACCAUCGAGCAAUGACCGGCGCAAUGCCGGCUGAGAAUUGGGAAGUGGAACGUCAAAUGAGUGACAAUCGACGCAACAUCAAAGAAGAGACCCCAACUGGUUAUUCAAAGCCUCUGGCUAUUGGGCGUUUAUCAACAACCAAUCUUCAUAACGGCAUGCAACACCAAAUCAGUGCCUUGCGGCCUUGCCUGGCUGAAGAAACGCAAGCAUGUGACACUAAACUACGCAGGGGCCGACAGGGGCAUAAGGGUCUGACUUUGUGGAGGGCGCUGCGGAGUCAAUUUCACGAAAGCGAGGUGCUACUGGUUGUGAAAGAUCACGGCGGACUUCCAAGCGGCAAGUGGGUGACCGAAUCAUCUGCCGCGGCUCAAUACAUCUCGCACUUAAGAUGUCUUCAUCUCUCACUCAGCAGUCAAUCAGAGACAGCGGGCUCAUUUUACGAUGUGAGCAACAGAAGCUUCAAAGAGCCCUUCGAACAACAGCAGCCGUCAGAUUUGACGAAAACCACAACAUUCUAG